UAUCUCCGAUUUGGUAUUACUGAAAAAGAAGGAUGAGAAGACACGGAAUGAGGAAAACAAAAACAGAUAUACAAGCAACAGGAGAGCUCAAUUACGCUAAAGAAGACGCCUUUACGCCUGCCCAGUUCCCUUCAUCAACUCAAUCACUACCGCCUUCUUCCCUAAUUCCUGUCCUUCCCUUAAUUCUAUUCUCUGUGUCUCUCUGCCUGCUUCUUAUCUUUGAAUUUUCUCAUCGCGUUUUCUUUCUAGUAUUACCCUUUUCUUUUUCUAUAUGCCGAAUUUUACUUCUUCCCUUGUUUGAUAUGGAGGGUAAUUCUCUAAAUUUUGAACCUCACCUUGAAGUUGAAGGAAUUGGGAAUUUGGAGACUAGGGUUUCCAAUUCUCUCCCGGAUAAUGGGGGACUUGAAAGUUCUACAGAUUUCUAUAAUUCUGCAGCCACCAUUGGGCUUGGGACCCAUGAAAUUCCUACCCCUGCAGAAAAUGAUGCUAGAAACAAUGAGAAGAAAGGAACAAAGACCAGUGAGAAAAAGCUAGGGAAAUACUUUUUCUAUGAUUCACCUCUUUCUGAAGAAACUGGCGUUUGGAUACCUGUUUCUGUUCCUCCCAUGGUGGAAAAUGAUCAUGAAGAGUGGAGCAGAGGUUUUCAUUCAAAUGGUGGUUAUUUUCCUGAAGGUGACAUGGGCUGGAACCAGUACCUUGGAGAAGAGAAGGAUUUAACCAUGUGGGAUGUGAUAGUGGAAAUGUUACUUGCAGCUAACGGAAAAGUGAGAGCUAUUGCUUCAGGUGAUAUUCGUAGUAGCAAUUUUUCAUGGAUAUCAAGCCAUCUAUUAGAGCAAGCUUGGCAAGAGAUGGCUCAAACUCUCACAGAAGUCAAUUUUGGUAAUGUAACGGAGAUUCUUGAAGCAGAGCCUCCAAAAUGGUUGGCUGAUAGUGCUGCAUCAGCUUGCAUGCUAUGUGGUGUGCGGUUUCAUCCAAUCAUGUGCUCCAGGCAUCAUUGCAGGUUUUGUGGAGGAAUAUUUUGUGGUGAGUGCUCCAAAGGAAGGAGUUUGUUGCCAGUGAAGUUCCGUAUUGCAGAUCCUCAACGUGUCUGUGAUGUAUGUUGUGUGCGGCUUGAGACAGUCCAGCCGUACCUGAUGGACCAAGUAAGCCAUGCUGCCCAGUUGCCAACACAUGACUUGACAGACCUUAGUACUUUGAGAUCCUGGGUUAACUUUCCAUGGGGACAGACCAUGGAAUAUGAGAUUUAUAAGGCAGCAAACACAAUUCAGGGCUAUAACAAGGCAGUUUGUCUAAAACCUGAGAAAUCAAUUCCAGAUGCCAUUCUAGGACGAGCAAAAGGCCUUGCAAUAAUCACAGUUGUGAAAGUUGGAGUGAUGGUUACAUAUAAUGUUGGAACUGGACUUGUAAUUGCCCGCAGAGAAGAUGGCUCAUGGUCUCCACCCUCUGCUGUAUCUUCAUUUGGCAUGGGUUGGGGAGCUCAGGCUGGAGGUGAAUUGACAGAUUUCGUAAUUGUGUUGAGAACAAAUGACGCUGUCAAGACGUUUUGCAGCAAUGCACAUGUUUCACUAGGUGCUGGUUUGAGUGCAGCAGUUGGUAUCAUUGGACGAGCAGUUGAAGCUGAUCUGAGAGCUGGUGACCGUGGGCAUGCUGCAUGUUACACAUACAGCUGCAGUAAAGGAGCAUUUGUUGGAUGUUCACUUGAAGGGAGUAUUGUGACUACACGUGCAAAAGAGAAUUCAAGAUUUUAUGGAAGCCAGUCGAUAAGUGCAUCAGAUAUACUUCUUGGGUGUCUGCCAAGCCCACCUGCUGCAGCAAUUCUUUAUCGGGCACUUGCAGAGCUAUCUCAGAAGCUUGAGAGGUGAUUUGUUGGGAUCAGUGUCGGUCCCACCCAUCAAUUAUUUGGACAUACACUUGUAAAGUUUAUUCACUAUGAUUCUUUGCCAAGUGAAGCAGUUGAUAAUUUGUUUGUACAAAAUGGCUCAAGGAAGAAAAAGGAGGGGCGUUUACAUAUGUACGUAAUAAUACAAUGGAAAAGAUUUCUGGAUGUAAAUACAAUCAUCUAACCUCGUGUUUGGAUGGAAAUUUGAAAAUAUGAGAUUUCAAUCUGAUAAAUAA